AUGGAAAAAGAAUAUGAUGUGGGAGAGGCGUCUGAUGGGGAAGUGGAGAAAGAAUUGAGCGGUGAUGGGGACGUGUGAGGAAGGUAAGUGCAUGUGCGUGACGCAGCGUAUUGGGUUUCCUCUGGUGUCAUGUGUAGAAUAUCAUAUGUGGUCGCUUCAGACCAUAAAUAUCGCAAGAAAACAAUCUUAAUUAUGGCCACGCUCAGACAAAGUACCACCGGGUUUUCCGCUGCAAGGACGAAUAAGAAAAACCCAGUGAGGCGACACGUGGAGAAUCCUGGACCCUCGGAUGGUCGAAAUUCCCGCAGAUGUAUCGAAUUCCAGACUCAGAACUUGGCAGUCCCAGAUUUUGUUGUUCCCCCGUCUCACAUCAGAAACACCAACACCAACACAACAAACACUCUCAGUUUGAGUCUGAGUCUGUGAAGCACAAACACAACAAACAACAUUUCUUUCAUUUCUUAUAAUUCUGAGCUGCUUCCACUUCUCAUGGCGGCGUAGCAGACACUCUAAUUCCCUGCCAUUAUUGCGCCACACAAUUUCUUUCAUUUUCUCUCUUUUUCAAUACCACUUUUCCUCAAAACCUGCAAAACCAUCUUUAAAUUUUACUCUUUUAAAUAUCUCACCUUGCGCCUUCAUAAAACAAACAAAAUUCAUGGUCAUUAUAGUUUUUACGGUUUAAAAACCAAAGUAAUGGGAAUUUAGAAAUUUGGGAUGUGCACCUAAUUUCUGAUUUAGUCAGAAAAAAAGGGAAGAGAUCAGAAGAUCAUAGUUGAGACGCCCCCACACGGUCUGGGCACAGUGACAGAGUGAGAGUCAACAAGACCCACAGAAGAGAAAAAUUUUUUUUAAAAAAAAAAAAGAAAAAAAGGUUUGAGUGGGUGGAAAAUUAAUAAGUAUUAGUAUCGGUCAGAAAAUUUAUUAAAGAUGCACUUUAUAUGUAAACCAAAAAUAUUAGUAUUACAGUUGCGGGGUGUAUGUCUGAUAAUAUAUAAACCUGUGAAGAACUGUUUAAAGAUUCGCGAAGGUUCUUCUUUCUGAUAUGGAUAUUAUCUCUGAAUUGGGGAUCGUAGAGUGCAACAGAGCAUGGCUGGGUUCUUCUCUCUAGGAGGAAGGCAUAACAAAGCAGAAGACGAGGAGGAUCACAGACAAAACAACAACAACAAUAACAGUCAAUUUUUGUUCAGAAACGUUAACGACGAGAUCUACAACACCAACAAGGGCUUUGAGAUAUGGCCACAAUCCUCGUACCACCACAACUUCACCAACUACUACUCCUUCGGUGUGGGCCCUAGUCGCAGAAACAACACCGCCAACAACAGCUCCUCCAACAACGUAAACGACGACGUUUCUGUCUCUUUCUCGGAUGACUCCAACCGCUUCGGCUUCACGGUCAUGAGGUCCGGAGGCGGCGUGGGAGGCGGCGGAGGCGCCGGCAUGAACUGUCAGGACUGUGGUAACCAGGCCAAGAAAGACUGUUCGCACCUCAGAUGCAGAACCUGCUGCAAGAGUCGAGGGUUUCAGUGCCAAACUCACGUUAAGAGCACUUGGGUUCCCGCCGCCAAACGCCGUGAACGACAGCAACAACUCGCUGCCUUGCAGCAACAGAAUCAACCACCACAGUUUCGUGGAGAUCACUCCAAACGACACAGGGAAAGUAUCGAAGCUGUUGCAGCCGGUGGUUCCCUCGCUUGUGCUCCAGUUCCUAUCACCACCACAGGGUUGGAGGUGGGUCAAUUUCCACCGGAGCUGAACUCGCCAGCGGUGUUUCGAUGCGUCAAAGUGAGUGCAAUGGAUGCACCGGACGAGCGUUACGCGUAUCAAACCGCCGUGAACAUAGGAGGGCACGUGUUCAAGGGAAUUCUCUACGAUCAAGGAGUGGACGGUCCUUACGCCAGUGCAGGUUGCGAGGGUUCCUCCGGUGGCGGCGGUGAAGCUCGGCCACUCGCUCUCAUGGCCGCCACAACCACAACAACAACAGCUGGAAACCCUUUUGACGCUUCACUCUACCCCGCUCCGAUGAAUGCUUUCAUGGCUGGUACGCAAUUCUUCCCACCCCCAAGAUCCUAAGGACGUUUCUCUCUCUCUCUCUCUCUCUCUCUCACACUCUCUCACUCUCUCUCCUCUCUAGCUAAUAAUGAUUGAAAGUUGAAACCGGGUAUUUGUUUUUCAUGGACUCUUAUAAUUAAGGUUAAGGUUGUUGGGUGUUAUAUGUGCAUCGAUCUUAAGUUCUUAACAUCAUCAGCUGAAGUAGCUGCUACUAGCUAGACUAGUUAAGAGUUCGUCACAAAUGAUUACGUCGAAGAUGAUGAUUCACGAAAUUAAAGGGAGCCUGUUUAUUUUGUUUAGUUUUGUCCGAAUCUCAGUUCAGAUUUUCAUGUUGUUUCGUUGUUAUCGAAAUACUCACUUCUCAUUCUCGAUCAAUUCCAGUGCACAUCAUAC